AGCUCUUCCUGCAAGCUGUUCUUCGCUGACGAUCCUGUGAAGAUCGUCAAGGCCAAAGGGCAGUAUAUGUAUGACGAGAAUGGAAGACAAUACCUUGACUGCAUCAACAACGUUGCUCACGUUGGACAUUGUCACCCUGCUAUAGUAAAAGCAGCCCAUGAACAAAAUCAACUGUUAAACACGAAUUCCCGUUAUCUUCAUGACAACUUGGUUGACUACGCAGAGAGACUUUCAAAAACACUGCCUGGGAAGUUAUGCACCUUCUAUUUUCUAAAUUCUGGAUCUGAAGCCAACGAUCUUGCCUUAAGACUGGCACGACAGUAUACAAAACAUGAGGAUGUUAUAGUUUUAGACCAUGCUUACCAUGGACAUCUGACAUCCUUGAUUGACAUAAGCCCAUAUAAAUUCAGAAAUCUAGAAGGACAGAAGGAAUGGGUCCACGUGGCUCCUGUUCCAGACACAUACAGAGGACUUUACAGAGAAGACCAUGAAGAUUCAGUAACAGCCUAUGCUAAUGAAGUGAAAAAUAUUAUUGAGCAAGCACAUAAGAGAGGCAGAAAGAUUGCUGCAUUUUUUGCUGAGUCUCUGCCAAGUGUGGGUGGUCAGAUCAUUCCACCAGCAGGGUAUUUUCAGAAGGCUGCAGAGCAUGUGCACAAGGCAGGAGGUGUAUUUAUUGCUGAUGAAAUUCAAGUUGGCUUUGGCAGGGUUGGCAAGCACUUUUGGGCAUUCCAGCUGCAGGGAGAAGACUUUGUACCUGAUAUUGUCACUAUGGGGAAACCAAUAGGAAAUGGGCACCCCAUUGCCUGUGUAGCAACAACAAAAGAAAUUGCAGAAGCAUUUGCAGCCACAGGAGUUGAGUAUUUUAAUACAUUUGGAGGAAACCCUGUUUCAUGUGCGAUUGGAUUAGCUGUGUUAGAUGUGAUUGAGAAGGAGCACCUUCAGGCUCAUGCCACAGAAGUAGGAAAUUUCUUGAUGGAGCUACUCAAGGAGCAGAAAAUGAAGCAUCCCAUCAUUGGUGAUGUCAGGGGUUCUGGCUUAUUCAUUGGAGUGGACUUAAUCAAAGAUCAAGCAGAAAGGACCCCAGCCACAGCAGAAGCAGAGUAUCUAAUAACAAGACUUAAGGAAGAAUAUAUUCUACUGAGUACAGAUGGACCAGGAAGAAAUGUACUUAAAUUCAAGCCCCCAAUGUGCUUCAAUAAGGAGGAUGCAAGAUUUGUUGUGGACACAAUUGACAAGCUACUAACAGAUAUGGAAAAAGAACAUCUGAACCAACAGAAAACAUCCGCUUGUGCUACCUGA